GAUGUUGAAGUUACAAGUAUCUAUAUAUAGUAUCUGCAUGGUGUUGACUCUGAUACUGCAUGAUGAAGUGAAAGCUGAAUCAUGCACUACGCUAAAAAGGAAGAUAGUUGACAACUUACGGGAAAUGAUGAUUCCCUUCAGAUGUGGACCUCAAACAUUUGGUGUCAGUGAUGAUGAAGACAGACCUGCUUUCACAGCUACACUAAAAAGUCCUAUAAGUCUCACUAAUGGUGCUGCAAUUAUAUUUGACACAGUAAUUUUGAACCGUGGUGGGGGAUACAAUCCCAAGACAGGAAUAUUUACAGCAACAAAGAAAGGAAUAUAUCAAAUAUCUGCGACAAUCAUGUCACAAGGUGGAGAUCAAAUGAUUUGUUACAUUACUAAAAAUGAACGUAAUAUCUUGAGCUUGUAUGGUCCAAGGCUCCAUGGCGCAUCAGAAACUGCAAAUCCCGUGCUAGAACUUGAAAAGGGAGAUAUUGUUUCUGUGAAAAGCUAUGGUUCACAACAAAUAAAUGGGGAUCAUUAUUCUUAUUUUUCAGCAGUAUAUAUAGCUCAGUGAUAUAUUC